AUGGACUACGAGAGCGAUAAAGUGCUAAAAUUCAUCUUUCCCGAUGAUUAUGAAGACCUAUCGUCGCAAGAUACUUCGGACGUGGUAGAUUAUUUGCUUAAACUUGGCACGUAUAAAACGGAAGAUCUUAAGAAGGAAAAGGUGCGCCUACAGGACGAACAUCGGCAGAAUGUAGAGCAAACGCAGGAUCUGGCCAUUUCGCACUAUCACACCUUCAUCCGGACGGCGGAAAGUUCGCGUGAAAUCUACCGCGAGUUCGUUGACACGGAAAGGAAACUCGAUUGUUUGAGCGACAAGUGGCCCAAGUUUAUUGCCGCGUGUCAAACAUUCCAGCAAGGUUCGGCUGAUAUAAAUGCGGCCCGCCGUCUAAAUUCGCUAACGCUGAUGCGCAAUGCGGAGCUGUUGGAAAUUCUCGAGUUGCCGCAACUGAUGGACAGCUGUAUACGCGAGAGCAAGUACGAGGAAGCACUUGAGCUGUCGUCGUAUGUGCAGCGGCUGACGGCGAAACAUGGCAGUAUUCCUGUAAUAGCGAGCAUCAACGAAGCAGUGGAAGCAGCAUGGCACACAAUGUUGAUACAGUUACUGGCACAGCUGCGCACCGAUUUGCAGCUUCCCAAGUGUCUGCAGGUGGUAGGUUAUCUUCGCCGAAUGCAAGCAUUUUCCACCAGUGAGCUGAAGCUAAAAUUUCUACAAACGCGCACCAGCUGGUUGAAGGAUUUGCUUGCCACCAUCCCGACCGAGGACACACACGUUCAUUUGACGAAAACAAUCGAAGCCACACGGGUGCAUCUGUUUAACAUCAUCACCCAGUAUCGAGCGAUCUUUCCGGAUGAUGAGGAAACGUUUAAUCCGCUGACGGUUACUACGGGCAACGAGCGAAUGACGGGCGAAGAGGGAAAGAUUUUCCACAGCUGGCUACACGACCAAAUAGUGGAGUUUGUACGUUCGCUGGAGCGGGACCUUGCUUCGAACGAUAUCACCUCGUACGACACGAUCCUCGGCCAGUGCAUGUACUUUGGGCUUUCGUUCAGUCGUGUUGGCAUCGAUUUUAGAGCUCUCGUUGCGCCCGUGUUCGUGCGUGUGAUUGGCAAUAGAGUCCGCGCCUCGAUAGCACGGGCCACGGCACAGUUCGAGCAGGAUAUUGAGCGAUAUACGCUCAUCAAUAAGGUUCCGAGCAUGAUCCGACGCCAGCGAGAUGAUCGCACAGCCCGGCCGGAUGAGUCCGGAUCGGUUCAACCACCGGAAACGUUGCUCGAUUUUGAACCGUUAGCGAUCUACUGCAAUGAAAUACUGACCAUCUUCAACGAUCUACGACUCUGUUCGCCGGUUGCCCUAGCCACCAUGGUAACGGAACAGUUGGAAUGUUCGCUCGAGCAGGUCGGCCGCGGGAUUCUAGGGUUUUAUCGCCAAGAACAGCAAGCUUUCGCACCGACUGAGAGGGAAUGCUUCGUACGGCUCUGUUCCUGCUUCGCGUACGAUCUCAUUCCGUAUCUGCAGCGCUGUAUUCACGUGCUGUUUCCAACGGCCACCCUAGCCAGCCAGCUGGGCAUUAAUGUGUUAACGCUUCAAAAGCACGGUGUAACGUACCUGCGGCAGAAGAAAAUGCUGGAACCGAUCGCUUACCUGUUGCCGGAUCGGAUCGAAACGGUAAUCAAACAGGUGGCGGAUAUGAGCGUCGAUUCGACCAGCGAACAGGACAAAAUCCAAGUUGGUGAUACCGUUGAAGUGACCGCAAAAGAAUGA